GACAACUUCAUCGGAAUUACACAGUCAAAUGGUUAUUGGUAAGGAACCGAAAGCGAAACAGAGAAAUAAUGGAUUUAGCUUUUAUGCUUGUCGUCAUAUGGUUGAUUACUGGAACGAAAUUUGUUGCAAGCUUAUCUUUUACUCUGUCAGCAUCGCGAGUAAACUUAGGAACUACAGGAACUCUGAGCAUGACAUGCGAUGUUACAGAAAUAGAUGCAGCUGUGAUAUACAACAUUCAAAUACGGCGAGAAACAGACCCAGGAUCAAACUACACAUGGGAAACCCUUGCUGAAAUUGAAGCAGGUUUAAAAGAAGUUCCAGUUUUAGAUAAAGACAUUGUAAAUGACAAGGGCUUUGUUGCUGGUGGUGUAUUUGAUAAAGGUACUCCAAUUAACACUUAUUUAACAUUAGAUAUGAAUAUAGAGAAGCUGACGUAUAGUGACGCCAGAGACUACAGAUGUGAGCUGACCUAUAAAAGUAACAUUACUGGUAGCGUUGCCUCUGUUCAAAGAAACGCCAGCCUUUCAAUUGUAGGUGACGAUGACCAUGACAAAACGCAAUUGGACACAUCGGAAAGCUCAGAAUGUGACAGCAAAACCGCAUUAGUGAUUGUAAGUGUUCUUUUAGGAGUGACAAAUAUCGUGACAAUAGUAUAUGCAAGUUAUAUGACAAUGGAGAUGAGAAAAGCAAGAGCAGGAGGAUCAGUUGAUAAAAUCCCUCACCGCGCAAGACAAGAAUUACUACCACCUUCAGUAACGUAUGCCAAAGGCGACCGGCAAGGCUGCUCCAUUCAAGAAACUGAUGCUGUAUCACCAUGAACUUAUAACUGAACACCCUUUAAGAGGCAUGCACUAGAACAUGUGUAUGAAGACUGAUUUGAUGAACCGUUCGCACAUAGCAGGUGCCAAAAUGAAAGCACAGUGCUUGUGCUUUUAAAGAGUAUUCAGAGUGUAUCGUUUUAACGAUUAGAUUAUCUCGUGCACACGA